UUCGGAAAAAAUUAAAAUGUUGGACAUAACAAGAGAUAAACCAGUCAAAGUAGCAGUUAGAGUAGCAGUUCCAGUCAGAGAUCAUCCCAAAUUUAAUUUUGUUGGAAAACUCUUAGGUCCUAAAGGAAAUUCAAUGAAACGUUUACAGGAAGAUACAAUGUGUAAAAUGGCUGUAUUGGGUCGCGGUUCAAUGAAAGAUCGAAAAAAAGAAGAAGAAUUACGAGCAAGUGGUGAUCCACGUUAUGCACAUUUAGCUGAAGAUUUACAUAUAGAAAUAUCAACAUUUGCAGCACCAGCUGAAGCACAUGCUAGAAUAGCAUAUGCAUUAGCUGAAGUUAGACGAUUUUUAGUACCGGAUUAUCACGAUGAUAUUCGACAAGAACAAAUGUGGGAAAUGCAAGCAUUAACAUCAUCACCAACAGAAACUGGUGAACAAAAUAGUCCGACAAAUGGUUUACUUGACGAUACAAUAAAUGCAACAAUGGAUUGUACAAAUAUGAAACAAAAUAGUGAAAUAAUGGAUUGUUCUAGUAUAGCAACAAUUAAUGCAGCAGAUCAAUUAACAAAUUCUGUAAAUGCAGCAGCUGUUGCUGCAGCAGCGGCAGCCGCUGCUUCAUCAUCUUCAAAUCCAUCAACUUUACAUCAACAACAACAACAGCAACAACAACAACAACAACAACAGCAACAACAGCAGCAACAACAACAAAAUCAACAACAACAGCAACAACAAAAUCAUGUUCAAACACAUUUAAAUGGGAAUAAUACAUCAUCAGCGGCAGCUGCAGCAGCGGCUGCAGCAGCAGCUGCGGCGGCAGCAAAUAGUAUAAAUAGUGAGUUCGAUAGAAAUAUGAACACGUCAAUGAUCAACUAUAAUAAUUUUACUAAUCCUCUGCAUAUUGAUUUGCCAGCCCAAACAAUACAUCCGGCAGCUGUUGCAGCAGCCUUACAUCAUCAAUUAGCUACAGCUGGUAUGGGCAUUAUUAAGCCUGCAACUGGUGUUGCAGCGGUUACCGGUUUACCGCCAUCGCAAGCAACACUUGGUAUACCAAGUGAAGCUGAAACAACGACACCAUUAGCAUUAUUGGAACCACCAGGUGCUCUACUUCAUCCAGCAUUAAGAGGAAGUUUAGCUCGUAAAAGACCUUUACUUGGUGUACCCAGAUCAAGCAUGAAUCCAACCAAACGAACUGUGAUGACAUUAUUAGCCCGAGCUAAAAAUUCACAAAGUAUACAUCCCAUAAGAAAUGCUGGACCUUCAGUACAUGAUUAUAAUUUUUUGCUUAGAUCAUUACAAUUGUUAACCACACCACAGCUUUUACUUCCUCCACAACCCAUGUUGGAUGAAACAAUGACCGCAGCUGUCGUCUCAGUACAAAAAGAAUCACUGGCGCAAAGUGUUUAAAAAUAUAAUUCAAAUUUAAAAAAAAAAAAAACAAAAUUAACAAUAAUAUAAAAUUUCAAUAUAAAAAAAAAAAUUAAAAACAAAAAAAAAUAAAAAAAAAUAAUGCAUCUAUGUAUUAAAUAAAAUAAUUAAAAAAUAAAAAUAAAAUUAAGAAAAUAUUCAAAAAUUUCCAAAAAAAAAACAAAAAAAAUUUCGUAUAUAAACACCUUGUGUAAUUAAAAUUGUCUUCAUAAAUGCAUUAUAAAAUAUU